GAGUCAGCACGUGCUUCAUCAUAGACCAUAUCAUGUGACCUUCUCUGCUCCUUGCUUCCCUCUCUCUCUCUCUCUCCUUUUUCCAUUGUUUCAUUCACUUACUUCUCAGCUUUUGUAUUUUGGUCCUUUUCAAUUUCACCUCUCUCUCUCUCUCUUCCGUGUUUCCGCCGCUGCAACAAGCAACAUAUUAGUAGCAGUGACCCACACACACAGUCACAACAUUUUCCGCUUCAUCAUUCAACACACUUCUCGUCUUCACUCUUCUACCCUUUUUCUUUUUCUUUUUCUAUGUAGAUAUAUGCACCAUAAUCAUAUUCUAAAAUUCAUUUCACAAUCAUAAUAUUAAUAAACUCUUUCCAUGGGUUGCUUUCACUCCAAAACCGCUCAUCUUCACUCUCCUGAAGACCCUCCUACUGAUUUACCCGACCCAAACAAACCCGAUCCAGGUGAUGAAGGGGGUGAUGGUGAUCAAGAAUCUCAAGUUCCAGCAUUCAAAGAGUAUGGUCUGAAUGAACUCAGAAGGGCUACACAUGAGUUCAGCACUGAUUACAUUGUUUCUGAAAGUGGCGAGAAAGCUCCUAAUGUGGUCUACAGAGGGAAGCUUGAGAACAAUCGUUUAGUUGCUGUCAAACGCUUCUCCAAACACUCUUGGCCUGAUGCUCAACAGUUUCUGGCAGAAGCAGCUGGAGUUGGGAAAGUGAGGCACAAAAGAAUGGUGAAUCUAAUUGGAUGUUGUGCUGAAGGGGAUGAAAGACUCUUGGUAGCAGAGUACAUGCCUAAUGAUACUUUGUCCAAGCAUCUUUUUCAUUGGGACAAGCAACCAUUACCGUGGGAAAUGCGUGUUAGAGUUGCAUAUCACGUUGCUCAGGCACUAGAUCAUUGUAGCAUGGAAAACCGGAAAAUAUAUCAUGAUCUGAAUGCUUAUAGGAUUCUUUUUGAUGAGGAUGGUGAUCCCCGGUUAUCAAGUUUUGGACUUAUGAAAAAUAGUCGAGAUGGGAAAAGCUACAGUACUAAUUUGGCGUAUACUCCACCGGAAUUUUUGCGAACAGGCAGGAUAAUCGCAGAGAGUGUGAUCUACAGUUACGGCACUGUCCUUCUGGAUCUUUUGAGCGGCAAGCAUAUUCCCCCAAGCCAUGCUUUGGACUUAAUUAGAGGGAAAAAUGCAUUGUUGUUGAUGGACUCAUCCUUAGAGGGGCAAUAUGCAAAUGAUGAUGCUACCAAGUUGGUUGAGCUUGCAUCAAAAUGUCUUCAGUUUGAGGCCAGAGAUCGUCCUGAUAUUAAGUUUCUUCUGACUGCAGUUACACCUCUUCAAAAGCAGAAAGAGGUAGCAUCUCAUGUGUUAAUGGGCCUUACUAAAACCGCGGCAGUGCUACCACUACCAACCAUGCUUUCUCCUCUUGGAAAGGCUUGUGCAAGGAUGGAUCUUACUGCUAUUCAUGAUAUAUUGUUAAAAACAGGUUAUAAAGAUGAAGAAGGUGCAGAAAACGAGCUUUCAUUUCAAGAGUGGACACAACAAGUGCAGGACAUCUUAAACACAAAAAAGUUUGGCGAUAUUGCAUUCAGAGACAAGGAUUUCAAAAAUGCAAUUGAGUAUUAUUCCAAGCUGGUGGUUAUGAUGUCUGUUCCAUCUGCAACCGUCUUUGCAAGGAGAGCCUUCUCUUACUUGAUGAACGAUCAGGCCGAACUUGCAUUACGAGACGCCAUGCAGGCACAGGUAUGCAUACCCGAUUGGCCAACUGCAUUCUACCUGCAAGCUCUUGCUCUCUCAAAGCUGGGAAUGGAAACUGAUGCACAGGACAUGCUGAAUGAUGGUGCAGCCUUUGAAGCAAAGAGGACUAACAGCUGGCGUGGCUAAAAUUGUAAUUUGUAGUUCUUUGCUCAUUAAAUUAGCAGAUUGGCAUAAGAAAAUAUGCUAUUUUGCUUUAAUAUGUACUUUUGCUAGAAUAGGGUUAUGUGGGGUGCUAGUUUAGGGUGCAAGCUUUGGUAUAAAAUGUUGUCAAGGAAUACUACAGUAUAAUUUUUGCACACAAAUGAGUCCUAUCCUGUAGUAUGAAUUUUCUCCAUAUGAAAAUAAGUUCAUUUAUGCUAUUAUGCCUUUUGGGUUUGGUGAUCA